UACCCUAAACAUGUCUUGGUUCUCACAGCAAUGGAACAAGCUAACAGGUCAGCCAGAUGAGGAAGUUGGAAUGCCGAUCAAGAGGGUGGAAGUGAUUUGGGGAAGGGAAAGAUUGAUGAUACCGGUGGAUGAACAGCUACCCAAUCAAGCAACACUACGCAAUCUAAAAGAAUCGAUAUCACAUUUCACAUCUAUCCCAUAUGAACAAGUUAAGCUCAUCAUGGGAGGAUUGGUAUUGAAGGAUGAAAGAGCUCCUCUAUCGGCAUUCGGAAUACGAACAGGGUCAAGGUUACAAUUGAUCGGUACUUCAGGUGGCGUUCCGAUUCAAGGAGACAGACCAGGAGCAAAACAAAGCGUUUUCGAUGAAGGAAGUAGUGGCGGCGCUGGCAAAAUGUCUAAAGGAGAAGAAUUAGCAAGAAGAAAGAAAGAACGUGAAGAAGAUGUAAGCGAACAAGGACUUUUGACAAGAAUAAAUGAAACUGUUACGGAUGUACGGAAAGAUUUAUUGCCGGAAGUGUUGGAAUUUGAACAAUCACCUAAAGAAGCACAUUCUCCAGCCAUGGCAACAACCAGUUCACCAGCCGAGUUGGCAUCACGACAAGAGGCGCUCACAAAACAACACAAGAAGCUAUCUGAGCUACUUUUGAGAGCUCUGUUGGCACUUGAUGGUGUGAAUGUCAAUUCAGAGGAAACGAGAAAACGUAGAAAGGAAGCGGUGAAAGAAGUUCAAGGUUAUCUUGAUCGAGUGGACGCAACAUGGUCACAAUUGAAAGAACAAUUUAGCUCAGCUUCGAAAUCGCCAAAUGGGAAAGCAGCUUUGGCAUAGAGAGAGUUUCGACUUGCAUGUAUGACAGACAGCUCUCCACCUUGUAAUUCAAUAAACAUAGAUGACAGUAUUGUGUAGGACGUUGGUUAGAUGUCGCGUUAGGAUUUCGAUCAGCAAUGUGUAGCGUAAUGCCAAGCAAUAUAUGCACAAUACCCUGUGAUGGUGUUUCUGUCUAAUACUUGAGAGUAGAACUUGUCAAUCAGACAUCUCUUGGAAGUGAACGACCUUGCUUGCUGACUAAGGAACGAAGAAGAUCAAGAUUGAAGCUUAUAUAAUGACACGCGCCGCCAAGAAUUUUUAUCCGA